AGGCACCUCUGCCAAGAGCAGAUUCCAGGAGAGAGUGACCAGCUUGUUCUUUCCUGAUAAGCUAUUUGGCAACUGACAGAGGAUGAGCGUGAGGCUCGGCUGGCUCUUCUGUGCGCUCUGCCUAUCCAUGACUGUCGGUGGUCUUACCCAGCAGGGGCUCAAGGAAACUUUGCUGCAGAAACUGCAGCUCUCUGAGGUCCCUAAACUUCAGAAGAGAGAUGUAAUGAAUCUGGUUAUCCCAGAGCACAUAAGGAACAAAUACAUCUCCAUGCUGAGGCAUCACAGAGUGAAGAGAAGAGCUUUGCCAAGUUUGGCUGGCAUCCUGAGAGGGAUUUCUGGCAAUGCAGACAUUGCUGGAGAAGUUCUCUAUUUGGACACCACACGCCAAAAUCUGGUCUUUGACAUGGAGGGGAGGAUACCUGAAAAUAGUGAGGUCACAAUGGCUGAGCUGAAACUUUUCAAAAAGCCCCUGAACAGAACAAACAUCCCUUAUAAGCAAUCUCACAGGCCAGUCACCAAUGCCAGAGUCAGUGUUUAUUGGGUUCAAUGCCAAGCUGAUGGCACCAACCGAACUUCAUUGAUUGAUUCCAGGUUGGUUCCAAUAAUGGAGUCUGGUUGGAGGAAUUUUGAUGUGACCCAAGCAGUACAUUAUUGGCUAAAAACUGAGAGGCGGGGACCGAUGCUACUAGAGAUUUGGAUUGAAGGAGAAAGGCUAGGCAGCUACGCCUCAGAAAUGGCCAAAGUUGUGCGUUUUACCUCUCAGGACCCUUUGGAUAAAGCCAUGGGCAAACCUGAACUGGUGCUUUAUACCCUCAACCUGGAAGAAUACGGAGGGCCUGGAGACUGUAAGGAGGACACCCCAAAGAAGAAGUCAACUUGUUGUCGGCAGGAACACUAUAUCAACUUCCGAGAGCUGACCUGGACUCAGUACUGGAUUAUUGAGCCGGCAGGAUACCAGGCCUAUCACUGUAUGGGUGGCUGUAUGCAGCCCAGGAACUUGCUACGUCGAUUCGGCUAUGGGGAGAGAACUUGUGCCAUUGUGGAGAGCUCCCCACUUCCCAUGAUGUAUCUUGUCAAGAAGGGAAACUACACAGAAAUUGAAGUGGCUGAGUUUCCUAACAUGAUCAUAGAGAAGUGUGGCUGUGUUAUGGACAAUAUAGCAGUGGUGUAGAGUAAGCAUAUACACCCAGGACCAGACUACUGCUGCCCAAG